GCAUUGUUGAUUGUCCUUGCAACAACAUCAUCGAGUAUUCCCACUCCACUUUGCUAGGAAGUUAGAUAGCAUUGCACAUCAUUUGCUCCAUGCUGGUGCUGCAAACGUCGUUGGUUGCAGUAUUGACUGCUGCUUCUGGGCUGGCCACCGCGGUUGGUCCAAGUAUCACUUUAAACGGGUGGUUCUCGUGCACUGAAGAAACAUUUUGGCACCCGCCUUCGUCCUCGAACCGCCGCCGGCUACAUGAAGCCGCGGCGCCGUUCGGCUCGCCGCCAGUCCCCGACGGAGCGCAAUGCGGCCAAUAUUCCGUCCCGUUGUGCCACCCGGGGGUAUGCAACAGCACGGACGACACCAUCCAAGUGUUUGUCAAGCGACUUGUGGGCAGUACGUCCAAGGUGCUUUGGGUACUUCAAGGGGGGCCAGGGGCGUCUUCCGUCAACAUGGAGCCCGUGAUGAUCGAAUUGUUCCACCAGUUGAACGAGCAAGUGACUAUCAUGACCAUGGACCAUCGAGGCACGGGGCGAAGCACUCGGUUGGAAUGUGUGGCGGCGCAGGCGAUGGAAUCUGGGAGUCCCAGCGGUCGCAACGUCAACGACGACGAGCUGCCAAACUGCCUUCGGGAUAUUCACACGCGCUACGGCCACCCCGAAGCGUUUUCCGUCACGAGUGCCGCGUUGGAUCUCGUGGCUGUGAUAGAGUUGGACCAACGCGACCAAGAGGUAUUUUUGUACGGCGUGAGCUACGGCACGUUGUGGCUCGAGCGGUUUGUGGCCGUGCAGCCUCCAACGAUGACCAAUGUCCACGGGUUUGUCUUGGAUGGCGUCGUGCCGCAUCAUGGCACCCGCCGCCUGUACAUGCAUGACUGGGAUACCAACAUGGACUCGGUCGGCCGCGAGUUUCUCGCCCUGUGCGACGCCGAUUCGUUUUGCCAGUCUCAGUUCCCGCCACCGUCGUCGUCGAUUGCACAGAGUAUGCAGGCGCUGUACAGAGACACCCAUCCUUCCGCGUACGUUGAAUAUAAUAACGAUAUGUCGAUAUCAGUUGGGGUUUCAUUUCGUGGUUGGGUGGUGUGCAGAGCGUACAUCAAGGAUAUGUUAGACGGCCCGUACGGAUUGAAAGUGGUGCUGAGUGUCCUGCUCACCCACUCCUCGUUGCGACUACUUAUUCCCGUGCUUGUACAUCGGCUACAUCGAGGCACACCAGGGGACCUUGAUGUUGUCACGUACAUGCUGGAUAUCCUCAGCGACCUCUGGACAGGCCACGACGACGAGUCUUUGUCGUACGAUUCAGACUUGUUGUACUCGACCGUCGUGUUCUCCGAACUGUGGCAGCACCCAACCCCAUCGGAAGCGUCGCUUUUAAACACGUUUGUCCGCGGCUUGUUUGGGUAUGGCGUCGUGGGGAUGUUUCCAAGCUAUUGCGUGUACACAAAUGACCCAACGCCAGACUGCGAUGCGCAUCGGGCCAACGACGUGUCGUUUACGUAUGCCUUGGAUCGGUAUGCGAAUCAACCGGUGGUGGCCCCAACCGAAGCCAGCAUUCUCGUCCUCAAUGGCGGGUUGGAUCCACAAACCCCGUUGGCGUACGCGCAAGCGCAGUUCGACGCGAUUCAAGGUGCCAAGAAACUCAUCGUAUUUCCCACAGCUCCCCAUGCCAUCACGUACGUGACGUGGCUGCAGGAGCAACAAGGCCCUCCGACCACGUGCGGGGUGCUUCUGGUCACUUCGUACGUGCAGGUCGGCGGCAAUUUGGACGCCUUGGACACGUCUUGUGUGGCCAAGACACGGCCAAUGACGUUUCGCAUUCCCCAGCAAUUGGGCCACGUAUUUCCGUUAGUCCUGGAUGGACAACUCUUUGACGGACCCUUGGCGACUUCAACCACUGAGGUGGCAGCCACCGCCUCGCCUAGUUCGCUGCCCCCUCAAACGACUUUGGAGCAGCCAACGACGUUGCCCCCCUCGACCGCCGCUACUACCACCACGAACAAGGAAGGCGCUGGCGUGGUGCUUGGCAAUACUCCGACCGCCGCGCCACUGCCACCGCCGUCGUCCAGCACCAACAUGGCCGAGUCCAUGGUUGGACUCCUGGGAUGUCUAUUGGUGGUCACGGGCAUCGUCGCUGUCAAGUACUUUGUUGAAGCGAAGCGCCUUCGCCGCCACAUGCCGCUAGAGGAAGACGUAGCCUAAGCAGCUUCGUUAGUCGACUUUACAUAAUAUGCAUUUCUUCAGGCUUUCCC